GCACCCAGCCACCCACCCCUAACGAGAAAGAGACAGCUGGUUCAGUCCGGUCCCCAAGUGCGGGAGCUGCUGCGGUGUUUGGAAUUGGCGGUAAGGGAUCCUCUGUGGAAAGUGCCAUUGUGAACGCUGCCGGGGGGACGAGGCGGGGCGGAGGCUCGUGCGUUACAGUCUCUACCCCGAGAGUGGAGAACAGGAUGCAAAACUGCUGGGUUUCUAGCAAGGAAGCAGCGGGUUAGGAGGGAGACGACUGGGAGGGAGCCGCGAUUGUCAUUGGGUUCCCUUCUCAGCAUAGGGAGGAGCCUCGUGGGCUGGUAAAUGGAGGUGGCGUUGGGGAGCCAGGAUUCCUUGAAUCUCCGGAAGGGAAGACAGUAGGAGGUUUUAGAGGAGACAGGUGGGGUUGGGGAUCCCGGGUCCUCUUCAGUCAGGAGGGUAGCGCGUGCUUCUUUGAGUUUUGAGCGGGCCAGAUUAGCGCAGGGGAUGAUGAGCGUUUAAACUCCUAUAAUCUGUGGGGGAGGGCUCUUGGGUAGAUCUUUGGGUUAACGACUCCUGGUCCCCCAGUGUGUCUGAUCCCCUGGAGUGGGUGGGAAAUUUAUGGGGCCAAAGUGCCAGGAUUAUUUUCCUGUGAUCCAUUCACCUCCGGUGCCCUCUGUUACCGUAUUUAUUUUUUUACACCCCUGUUUCUCCCAUUCCCUGGUUUUCUUAUCCCAAACCCCAUGCUGCAGCAACCACCACUGUUACUGCGAGCAUUCAGAUUGUAAGCUCAUUGGGGCACUUUGUUGCUGCUGCUGAUUGGCUUGCUCCAUAAAGCACCAUGCUCAGUGGUGGUGCUAUAAACAGUUCCCCUAAUGACAGGGAUCUAGGAUCUGCGUUGGAUUGGAGCCUAGAGAAUUGAAGUCAAUGACUCCCAGCCCUGAGUCCAGUAGGUUAAAGCAAGGGGACUCCAGGGAGAAAAGUCUGCAGCUGCUGGCAUGGGCUGGCUCUGUUCCUUCGUUCUUUGCCGUUGAAACCAAGACCUAGGGCAUUGCGAUAGGCUGAGGCUGGCAUCCAAGUUGAAACCAAGACCUAGGGCAUUGCGAUAGGCUGAGGCUGGCGUCCAAGACGUUCUGUGUUGCUCCUUUCCCCUUAGCCUGCUGCGACCUGGGAAUGUAAACACUGGACUUGGCAAGGGAGGGAUAAUUGUUCUAAAACUCUUGGCACGAGGCAGCAGUUCCUACAAAUGAAUGCUCAAAAAAGGCAUAAAAAUGAGGUGCGGUGGAAAGUCAAUAUUCAGGAAGGAUCUACCCCCUGCGUCACUUUUCUUCCCAAAGGCAGAGAACUUCUCUCUCUCUUUAGCUUAUGUUCUAUAACGUUCCAUGUUCCCAUGGUAUAAAAUGUUAUGCUGAGAGGUGAGAGAUAAAUCUAGAUAAUAUAUAAAGAGCUUAGAGCACCUAAGUACUUCAGAUCCAUUUGGAGAGUCUGGUAAUUUGAGAGAGUAUGUUUCUAAAACAAAGACAUUUUGUUAGAUGCCUCAAAUACCUCCUUUUUCUGACAGAAAGGCGGGAGAUAAAUAUUUUGAAUGAACAAGGAAGGAGUCUGGUGCAUUGCUUUAAAGUUGUUGGGAUUGGCAGUCAAAGUAGUUGAAGAGCCACUGAAUUAAUUCAGUGAGUUUUCAGCCUGUGUCUUGGAGAACCCUGGGGUUUACUUAUCUGGGAUUCCUCAGUGAGACAGUCGGUAAAAAGAAGAUGAGGUCAGUGUGGCAGUGGAUAAUUUUUUUCAAGUAAAAUCAAAGUACAGUAUGCAAAAGCAAAAAAACUGCUGGGUGACUGUAUGGUCUUGAAAUUCGAAAAGAGUCAAAGAUAGAGUAAUACAAAAAGGAUUAGAACUACCCAAAUAAUGUAGAAACUUAUUUAUGCAUGCAACUACAGUUGCAAGAAUAUUAUUUGCCAAAAGUGGAAGGAUGAAGAGGUCCUGACAAAAUAAAGACUGGAUACAGAAACUAAUGGAGUAUGCAGAAAUGGCAUAACUUACUGGAAGAAUAAGAAAUCAAGACAACAAACUUUUUAGAAAGGAAUGGAAGUGGCUUAUUGAGUAUUUACAAACAAACUGUAAACAUAUCAAGACACUGGCAGGAUUAUUGUAAAAACCUGCAGUUUUAAAUAUAUAUACAGUAUGAGAUAUAUAUGAGAAUAGACAAUUAAAAGAAUAACUUAAGGCAAUUUGGAGUAUGCAGGAAAGAAUGAAACUAAAUGUAAGGAACCGCAGAAAAAGGGGGAAGGGAGUCAAAACUGAAAAUGUUAAAACUUGCUUAAAUAAUUGUAAUGUAUAUAAAUGAAAAUUAUAAUUUAUUUAUUUUUUAAAAAGAGACGGUUGGUAAAGACACAUGGAUUUCCCUGAAAGACACUUUGCCUAGGACAGCCGGCCUAAAAUGUGCAGCCACAUGACAAUUCUGGGCAUGCUCUCAACUCCUGAGGGACAGCAAUGAGGCCUAACAGGCCUGGCGUUUGUGUUUCAGAAUGUUGUCACCUCUGGAAUCCUCCACAGUACACAGAAGUCCUCUAGCAGACACACAGAAGUUCUUUGACAGACAAGUGGAAAUAAGUCCCCAGGAAACAGAAGCUUUGAAAGCCACUGAUAGAUGCCUUAGUUUUCCAGAAAGGUCUAAGGGAUCUGGGGCCGAAUCCCCCCUCCCCUGCUGAGUCUUGGAGAGAUAGUAUAUCUUGGUCUCAGUUUACGGCAGUUAGAAUAAUAGAGCUGCGAAGAUGAAAGACAGAUAGGUUUUAAAACAUUCUGCGUAAGUGAAAGUAAUCACUAGUUAAAUAAUGACCAGCGUGUAAAUAGCUCACCUUAAUCUGUUAGUAAAGAGUAGCCUGUUAACCUUUUCUUUUAAAUAACUGGCUGGUAUAGCUAGGUGGCCAGAAGCAGAUUUUGAAAAUCAGGGAUAGCUACUCAGCCGAAGGUGCCCUAUGUGAAGUAGGCUAGAAUUAUUCUGGGAUAGACUGAGAUGGGCUGGCUUUGGCCUCUUGUUUAAACUGAGAUUUGAACCAGUAAUUCAGAGCUAGCAGCCGCAGUGCCCCCACACUGUGACUUCAGUAUCAAGCAUUUAGUGACAAUUAACGACAGCUUUAGUUGUCAAUAUAAUGCUUCCAGAAAAGUCUCUUUAAGUCUCUUACUGGGUAGAGAUAGUUGCCUUCCUGGAGUUCUUGUUCGUAGACGAAUAAUAAAUCUGAAUAUUAGGAUACAGUAUUGCAUAUUGCCUGAACACUUGAAAACAGGUUUGGGGGAAACCUGGUGUCCAGCUCUCCUAUGUUCCAGGGAGCGCUAGCGGCCAUGGAGUUGUUCCUUCUAUUUGGACAGCUCACGAUGACAAGUUAAUUGAAAGUGAAACGUCGAGAGGGAGGCAGCUUCUUUUAUAACGCGCGCGCGCGCGCUCCCCCCCCCGCCCCCGCUUUCUUUUCCGAGGAAAAUCUCUGUUGAUUGGCUACCCAGUUUGUAGACAGACAUCGCGGUGUGCAUGCAUGCGUGCAUGAGUGCAGCGCGUGGUGAGAUCCGCACGUCGCGAUCUCGGGGCGUUCUUGAAGUUGUCUGCGCGUUCUGGAACCUGCAAGAUCUCUGGCAUCUCUCUUGUUUGCGCGGCGCUGCUCCGCUUCCUCCCCCGCCCUUGCAGCUUUCAGCUGCUUGGGGUGAAAUGAGGUCGGAGCCGGGGGGCGGGGCCAGCCUGGCUGCUGUGCGCGUGUACACUUGGCCCGGAUUAAAAGAGGGCAGCGGCUGCUUCUUCUCCUCCUCCUCCUCCUCCUUUUGCUCCUCCUCGUCUUUUUCUUCUUCUUCUUCUUUGUGGCGUUGCAUCGCCCGUGGGAUCCGGGGAGCGCCAUAUGGAAAAGGACCCCGAGCUGCUUGAGCAAGAGGUGGGUGCUUGUGUUCCGGAGACGACCCCCCUCCCCGUGCUCCUUCCUCCCCUCCCCCGGGAAUGAGUCCAGGCUUAUGCUUCCUGGAGCCCGCAAGGCCUCCUCGCCCGGCUUCCCGGAGCUAGAAAUGGAACCCAGGUGUCCCGGGGCUCCCGACCCCUCUUGUUUGAAGCCCCAGAGAACCCAGGAGUCCUGGCAUCUUGUGGCCCAAUUCCUUGGGCCGCUGCUUCCAAGCCGGCUUAUGCAGCCUUCUCUCUCUCUUUCUGCCAGCCCCUUUCCCUUCCUCUUUGCCACCAGCAAAAACAGCCCUUUAUCCACCUGGCUCAACGCUGCCUGCACUGUCUGCCAGCGGUUUUCAAACAGGGGAGCUGCCCCCAGCUCUUGGCUGGAGAUGCUGGGGAUUUGAACCUGUGGCCUUGGAAAAAGUGGAUGCCACAAGACCUCCCCUCUGCGGUAUUUCCACCGCAGGCUGCAUGUGGUCCUUGGUUACCCCACCCCACCCCCCGCCUUUCUGUUGUUUUCCCUGCAAAUAAACAUUCCCUGAGCAUUAAAGGGUAUCAGGCAGAAGAGGAGGCUGCAACCCUGUCAUGCUAGCUUUCUAUGUGCAGGGAGUUUGUUUGUAUAGAGGAGCCCGCCCCCCCCCCCACUCACUUGAAGGCUCAGAUCCAGGUUGAGGGAAUCUGAGAGAUCAGCCUAGGUUGGGGCAGGGCUGUUCAGCAAGGUUGCCUUCUCCCCUGCCCACCUUCCAACCUUGUUUUCCUGCUUGAUUUUAUGUACUGUAUUAAAUAUUAUUCAUCACCCCACCCCAGUUUGAUGGAAGUGCAACUCCACAACCGUUUGUCUCCAUUUCAUGUCUGCAUUUUUCCUGGCAUAUUUCUCAAGAGCAAUAAAUCAUACUGGCAUGGCCUGCGCUAAAUGGGCACAGAAGUCAUUUUUUUUGUGGUAGCUCAUGAAGGUGUAUCUAGUGGUCAGAGCAGGGAGAACUAAUGCGUCAGUGUGGUGUAAUGGUUAGAGUGUUGGACUAGGUUAGGGCCUGGGAGACCAGGGUUCAAGUCCCCACUCAGCUGUGAAACUCACUAGGGUGACCUUGGGCCAGCUGCAGUCUGUCAGCCUGACCCACCUCAGAAGGUUGUUGUGAGGAUAAAAUGGGGAGGGGGAGAAGCAUGUUUGGUUCCUUGAACUGAUUGGAGGAAAUGCAGGCUUGAAAUGUAGUAACAAAUAACGUCUGGAUGUCUGGGUAGCACAGGCUAGUGGUUACACAGUGAGGGAGCUGGAAGCGAAAACUCAGAGCUUCGCUGAGGAAGUAGGGAGUGAGGCCCAGAGAGGCUCUCCUGACACCUUUUAAAUUUGUGGCCUUAAAAGAAUCUUUAAUUUUUUUGUAGCCACCACUUGUAUAUUUGUACUUGUGCCGUGAACUAGUUUCAGGUCCCUCUAUGCUGAUACAUUUUUAUAUGGAGUGUUAUUGCUGUUUUAUGGCUUGUGUUUUAAAACAUGUUUACGUUUGUUGAGUGACUAAAUAACAGAGUUACUGAGAAGCUGAUUUAAAUAUCGUAAGUAUAUUCCCUUCAGUCUCUGUCAACCUCGUGCAAUCCUGCUGUUUUGGACUACAACUCCCAUCAGCCCCAGCCAGUGCUGAUGGGAGUUGUAGUCCAAAACAGUCAGAGAGCACCAGGUUGGCAAAGGAUGAAGGAAGUAAAUAAAUCCAGAAGAAGGAUGCCAUGGAUCCCUUGCUCCUGCCAUCUUUCACUUACUCUUUCCAGGUCUGGGUCAACCGUGUAGCUUCUCCUGUGACAAUCCUGACAUCACACAAAAAUUGUAGGCAGUUUCGUUGGUCCAUUAGUAGGAAAAUUAAAUCAGAAGCUAUAAUCAGGUAUUAUACUUGCUGACUACCACGUUAGACCUAAAAAAAGGAAGGAUCAGCUAAAAUGUCACAAAGCAGUGAGCAAAUUUUCUAGAUGUUUCUUUCAGGAUGGAUGCUAAUUGGAAGCCCAGAGUCUGUUAAGUCCUAAGGUGAAGUGCAGGAGGAACUGUGCAGAUUUGAUGAGAUGAGCCUCUGUUAGGUGCUAAUGAAUUUGUUGGUGAUGAUAGGUGUUUGCCACCGGUUUACUGGGUCUGUUCUAUGGGUUGCUAUUGUAUGGCUUCUGCUGCACUAUAUUGUUCACUUUCUGAUGUUUAUGCUAUGCUUAAAAUUUUCCAAGUUGCUUAGAGAUUCCUUUGUAGCAAGUAACUAAUCAAUUAAGUUAAGAAUAGCCAAAAGAACAGAUUUCAGGUUGUAUCAAAGAAACCAUAAUGGCUGUUCCUCUCCCACCCCAUUAUUAUUAUUAAUUAUUAAAUACAACGUAUUUCAGCUGCUUGGUUCUACCUCCAUCACUAGUCAGAUUAAUUCUGCUCCUGGGGACCUGUGUAGAGAGAAAUGUGUUUAGAUUGGCAAAGCUGGAGGUUAAUUUGCAGUGGUGCACCAGGUCAGGCAUAGGGAGUUUAGGCAUCUCUUAUCAGACGCCUCUUCACAUUUACACCCCUUUCCCUAAGGCACACUCCUUACCAACUCCGCUGCAAGUGUGUGUACAUGAGAGUUUUGUGUUGUUGAAUUGUAGCGUAUGGUCAAAAGACAUCCAUUGCUCCACCCACUUUUCCACCUGGAAUGCAGUGGUGGUUCACAAUGGAAUUGGACCGAAAUAACUCUCCAUUCCCACUGUAGGCCUUUGCAAGGUCUCGUUUUUAUGGUUAUUACUGUGGUUGGUUCUCUCCAGGAUCAACUACCAGAAGCAAUCCUGUGUAUAAAAAAAACACCCAUGUGAAUCAGUUUGCUAUCCCAACAGUAAACAGCUCAAAAGCUUCUCCUUUGCAAUCUACUGUCUUUAUGAUAACUGGAUCUCUCCGCUGCUUCUACCCCUCCCAGAUGGAAACGGAGCUAUCUGCCCCUGUAGAACAAGGAAGCUGGCAUAAGAUAACCAAGUUUACUUGAGGUAAGUAAGGUCUCUGUAGGAUCUCCUCCAGGUUUUCUUUGGUGUUUUAAUGGGAUAUUAUUUCUUGUUUCUAAGAAGCUAACGUUUAAGCCUUGAGUUUAAAAAAACAAGCUGUGAACCCAGGGAUAUUGGACUCUGUGGCGUUAAGUGAACAGGGGGAGGGCAGAGAAAGAUGUCUGUCUGUCACCCGGGGAGAGACGGUGCUGAUUCAGUGUUUGGAUGACGACAGGCCGGCUGUGGCAGACAUGGCAUUUGUGGCAUGCUUGGAGCACGUGGCCUCAUAAUUGGAAGGCUUCUCAGAAUGUUCCGGCAUUCCAUGUGGCUCUUAGCUGUCAGAUGAUUGGACGAAAGGGAAAACCGCCUCUUGGUGAGAGAAAGACGAUCCUCUUCUUGCACACUUCCGCAUUUGAAAUCCAUCUGGAGUUGUCAGAGCUGGGAGGACACUGUGUGUGUGUGUGUGUGUGUGUGUGUGUGUGUGUGUGUCUAGAUUCAGGUAGGUAUAUAUAAUUGUCCAGUAGCACCUAGCGACCAACUAAGUUUGUUCUUGGUAUAAACUUUCGUGCAUGCACACUUCUUCAGAUAUCUCUGUCUGUCCUAACAACCUCCCCGCCUAUUUUCCUGCCCUUAUCUUGAAAGAUUGCGGGGGGCGGGGAGGGACACACAUUAGAUCUUUUAAAUGAGCUAGAAUCCCCUUUUGGUGGCUUCACACACUUUGCGUUCACCCCCUCAGCAACUUGCACGUGCGAAUGGGAGCUGUCAAAAGUUAGAGUUGGCCUUCCAGAUGUUGCUGAACUACAGAGGCAUGGUUGAUGGGAGUUGUAGUUUAUCAACAGCUUUAGGGAGGUUCCCCACACCUCUCCUAGUGCCUCCUAGAGAGCCAGUGUGGUGUAGUGGUUAGGAGAGGUAGGCUCGUAAUCUGGUGAACCGGGUUCGCGUCUCCGCUCCUCCACAUGCAGCUGCUGGGUGACCUUGGGCUAGUCACACUACUUUGAAGUCUCUCAGCCCCACUCACCUCGCAGAGUGUUUGUUGUUGGCGAGGAAGGGAAAGGAGAAUGUUAGCCGCUUUGAGACUCCUUCGAGUAGUGAUAAAGCAGGAUAUCAAAUCCAAACUCCUCUUCUUCUUCUUCUUCUUCUUCUUCUUCUUCUUCUUCUUCUUCUUCGACAGCAGGUUUCAUUUCACCUCCCCGCAGAUGUAAUGCUGUUUUCAGUGGAGCCAAGUUAAGUCCAGCCAGUUUGGUAAUGAAGCCGAGUUGUGGACUAGGCCUAUGUCUUCCCCCUGUUGGGCAUGCAUGAGAGAUAGCAGUGCCCAGAUCUGGGGGAAAUGUCCCUGUAACUUGUAAUCUUAGGAUAAGGUUACCAGACAUCCCCGUUUCCUAGGGACAGUCCCCAGAUUUACAAAUCAGUCCCCUGACAAAAUCCACUGAAUUUGACUGAAGUUGAAAAGUGUCUCCGGAUUCAUUGAAAAAAAUCUGGUAAUCUUAUUUUAGGAGUAAGUAUUAUUGCUAACGUGAGGGAAGGGUGGUGUGUGGAUCUGUAUCAUUCAAGGAGCAAACUAAUAUUGGUACUGGCGGCAUGAACCCAGGCUUCGUAUGCCCUUGACUAUCGGGAUGCCUUAACUUCCUACCCUGUUUAUUAUGUACGCUACGACUUUCUUCUCUAACUGCCUCACUGUAGUAACCAUACAUACAGCACAUCGUUCUUGUUUGCUUCUUACCCUCCUGCAGCACCCCAGAAGCUGCUCAUAAUCUACUGCCCUUGACUGGAAAGUUGGUCCCACAUUUUUAGGGUUUCAGAAGAGGAUGGGGCAAACUUGCUGUGCCCCUGUUCACUUUGGUGGGGUGUUUUCAGGGCAGCUUCCCAGUGGAUGAAGUCCAAUGAGUCAGAUUUAUGCCGACUCAUUUAUAGAUCUUUCUGACUUAUGCCUGCUUAUUUAUAGAUCUUUCUUUCUAUCCCUCUUUGCUGCACUGGAUGGCAGCCAAAGCUUGCCAUGCGAGGCAGACUCUUGGCUGCCUCUAUGGUCAUAAGGAGAGCCUACUGGAUCAGGGGGAUGCGGGUGGCGCUGUGGGUAAAACCUCAGUGCCUAGGACUUGCCGAUCGUAUGGUUGGCGGUUCGAAUCCCCGUGGUGGGGUGAGCUCCCGUCUUUCGGUCCCAGCCCCUGCCCACCUAGCAGUUCGAAAGCACCCUUAAGUGCAAGUAGAUAAAUAGGUACCGCUUUAUAGCGGGAAGGUAAACGGUGUUUCCGUGUGCUGCGCUGGUGCCGGUUCGCCGGAGCAGCUUUGUCACGCUGGCCACGUGACCCGGAAGUAUCUCCGGACAGCGCUGGCCCCCGGCCUCUUAAGUGAAAUGGGCGCACAACCCUAGAGUCGGACACGACUGGCCCGUACGGGCAGGGGUACCUUUACCUUUACUGGAUCAGGCCAAUGGCCCAUCUAAACAGGCAUCCUGUUCUCACAAUGGUGGCUAAUGGGAGACCAGCGGGCAGAAACCAAGCUCACAAGAGCAUUCUUCCCUCUUGUGGGUUCCAGCCACUGGUAUUCAGAAGCAUGCUGCAUCCGACUAUGGAGUACAGUCGUACCUUGGUUGUCGAACGCCCUGGAACCCGGACGUUUUGGCUCCCAAACAAUCGGAACCCGGAAGUGACUGUUCCUGGUUUCCGAAUGUUCUUUUGGAAGCCGAAUGUCUGACAGGGCUUCCGCGGCUUCCGAUUGGCUGCAGGAUAUUCCUGCGGCCAAUCAGAAGCCGCGAUUUGGAAGUUGAACAGACUUCCAGAACAGAUUCCAUUCGACUUCCAAGGUACGACUGUAUAACCAGCAUGUCUAGUAGCUAAACAUUUUGGGAAAUACAAGCCAUCAGGGUGUGGUGAGUGGGAGAUGCCAUAGGAAUCUGAGAAUUGCAUCUCUGAGCAAUUCAAUUCCCAGAGAUGGAAAGAAGAUAAAGUCCCUACCAGAGAAGAAUGGCAGAUUUAAGUUGAUGGAUUAUGCCGAAAUGGCUAAAAUGACUGGAAGAAUCAGAAAUCAGAAAGACCAAAAUUUUAAUAAGGAAUGGGAGAAAUUUAUAUCUUAAAAACCAUUGUAAACGGCUAAAAUUGUUAGUAGGAUUGGAAUAACACUUGUAGUUCAGUGGUGAAUUCUUGGACAUAAUGGAGAUGUAAAAGAUUUGGAUUCUCAUAAAAGAUGGAGGAGGAAAUGAUUAGCAAUAGGACCCACAAAGGGGAGGAGGGAAGUCCAGGAGGUUCUUUGGAAUCUUGUUUUUAUGUUGUAUGUUGGAUAUGUGAUUGUAAAACUUUAAUCUGAAAAACCAAAUAAAUAUUUUUUUAAAAAAGAAAUCUGAGAAUUGACCUGGAUCAGAUCAGUGCACUAUUGAACUUAACAAUUCUAACCUCAGCCAGAUGUCUCAAAGUUCACAACUGGAGUGGAAAUGCAUUCAGAGACUUUCUGUCUCUGUGUCUGCCUCCCUCUCUCUUUUGCACAGAGUAAAGCUGUAUUCAAACGUGUGUGUACACACACAUACUGGAGAGGGAGAGAGAUUUCAAGGUACACCACAGCCAAGGUACAACAGCUGGCAGGCCACAGGUUCCCCAUCCCUGGCCUCGUGGGUGAUCUAUUUUAGUAUGUUUGUUUUAUCUGUAUUUAGUAAAUGAACCUUAAAAACCAAACAAGCCAGGAAAUUGCCAAGGUUGCCUCCUACUGCAUUAGAUAUUUGGUAUCUGUUCAUCUGUUCACCGUUACUAAUGAACUUGCGAAAGGGGGGGGGGCGGGACCACUGGAAAAUAAAACGCUGGAAAAGUUUUCUGCCUCGCUAAUCCCCUGGCACUGCCUUGUCUGUCUUUCCACCUCCAGGUUCCUACGGAAGAGAGAAUGAUGUGGAAGACAUUGCUGAUGCUGGAGCUGGGGGGAGCAGGGGGCCGGGCUCCCUGUGCUCUCCCCUCCUUCCCCUCGGUCCUGCGGUACCGGUCCUCUUCAGCCAUUGACCAGCACCACGAACUGGCCCGCGAGCGAUCCAAGACCGUUACCUCCUUCUACAACCAGUCGGCCAUUGACGUCGCGGCCGAGAAGGUGAGCGCAAACAUGGCCGCUGAACAUGCUGCGCGCACAGCAGAGGGGGCCGAUGCUCCCGUUUCCUCAACCGCCGCCUCUCUGAGGGCAGGUUUUGCCUCGCCUUCCUAAAACGGUAGGCUGGGAGCCAGGAGCAGGUCUAGGCUUUUCCACGCUUGUGCUCCUUGGCGGCAGAAGUUCUCCUCAAGAAAGGAGUGUUAUAUGAAGGACAGGUCUGAGCAGGUGGAUUGCAUUCCUUUGCUGCUGGUUUCUGGCCUAGUGGAAAAACAGAUGGCCUUCAGCAGCCUGAGAAGGCUGUUAGUUUUGGCAUGGCUAGUGCUGUUUUAGUGCUCACGGGGCAAGAUGAGACGUGAGGGAUGGGUGUGUGCGUGUAGCAGAGAGUUCUCUGUGUUCAUUUUCCCCCUCUGAAAUCCCUCCAGCUAUUGUUUUGAGCAGUAUGAUUCCUCAGCCUUUGGUCCCCGUUUUGCUAAUCGCUACUGUUUAAUGACUUCCCCUAACAACUUGGCAACGGCCCUGGAGAGGCAGUCCACAGUAUGGGCUUUGGGGAGAAGAGAGGCCUAAUCUUUUCCCGGCCGUCUGGAGCCUGCCCUGGGGAGAAUGCUGGUUAAUUAAAUAAACCACCUGCCUGCCAUUAUACAGAGGCCUGGCAGGAGAAGUUCCUGAUAUGUCUCCUCGCAGGAACACAUCGCCUGCUUAGGUUUAGACAAACUUCUUUCUGAAGUUACUUGCAUAGGACUGCAGCGUCCUUGUUUUAGGUGUGGGGUUGGAAAAGAGGUGUCCUCACAUGUCUGGAGGAACCACUUGCCAGUGUUAAUUGCACCCUUUCCUUCCUUCCCCUUACCUUGGGCUUCCAUGCAUUUCUGUCAGGCAGAAAUGCAACGGGUGCAGCUUUCCCCCCUCGUUGCAGCUCUGCGCUGGGGGAGUGCUGCGCUUAUACAUCCUCGCAGCUCCUGAAAGUUGCAUGUGCAGUGCCAGAGAUGGCAACCACCAUUUGCUUGAUAACAAAGCAGUUUCUGUUAAUAAGAAAACCAGUUCCACAUAUUUGCUUAUGAAGCAGGUCCUUUUUAUUUUACUCCUGGCUGCCAUGGUAAUGGUGGCAGUGAGCCGUACAGGGAACUGAAGCCUAGCGACCUAAGACCCAAAUAUCUGAAAGGCUGCAUUUGUUCUUGUCUGAUUGUAUCGCUGGAACAGCUGCCCUGGGAUCAUGUGGUGAAGAGCUGGUAAGAAAUUUUAGAAAAGAAUGAAUGAAUACUGGGAAUCCUGCUCCCCAGUGAUAAACAGUGUUUAUGGUUGGUCUACGAGGGCGAGAGGGAAUUAUAGAAGAUUGGAAGGUUAGCCAUUACAACCAGAGUCAGUUGUUUUUCUCAGCAGGAAGUAAGAUGGGUCCAAUUUCUAGUGCUCUCUGUUCAAGUGAGAGUGUAUGGGAUAUGUGGGGAACAUCUGGUCUUCCAGAUGUUGCUGAACUAUGGCUUCCAUCAUCCCGUUGGCUUCCUGGGCCUGAUGGGAGUUGUAGUUCAGCAACAUCUGGAGGGCCAAAAGUUGCCCAUCUCUGGUGUGUGGAGAGGGCGUCCUUAAGAAGCCGUGAGCUCUGGGGGAAACUGCCCUUCGUACCACAGAAGAGGAAGGUAUUAAGUAAUGAUAGAAGGUAUUUUUGUGGCUGGCAAUGCUCAAUGCUGGCGCUGUUCUGCCUGACCUCACGAGGGCUCUCUGGAGCCUUUGCGAACACUUGUUCCCUCUUCUCUCUUCCCAGCCCUCUGUGAGGUUGACACCGACCACCAUGUUGUAUUCUGGACGGUCCCAAGAUGGGAGCCACCUGCUGGUAGGUGUGAGAUUAACGUCUGUCCUCAAAUCGUCAGAGCUGCAGGUUGAAUUUGGGACUCCUGGAUACCAGCCCCAUUCUUUCCCUUCACUACUCUUAAUUGCUUAGGCCUUAGCAUUGCAUCAUCCCCUUCUCAUUUUCAACUCUGCAAAGUCCUGUCUUCUAGACUCACUUUCUAUGGGCAGAAUGUUAGUUUUGUAGUGGACAUAACAAGGAAUCCCACUAUGCCCAUUGGUAGAGGAAUCCCUGUUUCCCCAUUGCUUCUCUGGGGAUGGGAGGCUUCUUUCUAGGUCUGCUUUGUGUUCGUUUUUUGCUUCAGCCCAAGCAACUAGGAAGCCCACAAUAUCUCCAGAGCCAGUUUUGGCUCAGAGCAGGAUCUCUACACCCACUUCUCCAGGAGAUGAAAAUCUGUAGCUGCAGCAACACACCAUAACUCAGUAGCUGUUGCCUCCCUGAAUGCCUUUAUGGGGGAAACUGGCUUGUAAGCUCUGCGCACUCCUUUUUGAGGUUCCUUCAUUGUAGACUUAAUUGGGCCCAAACUAUCUGAAGCUGCUCAGCUAAUGUAAUGCUGCCUGAAAUGAAGACCACCACAUGAAACAGUUUCUUUGAACCUGCCUGGCUGCACAUAACCACAUUGGUCAAUUUGUGGCACUCUGAUGGCCUUAAGAGCCCAAAAGAACAGGGCCGGCCCUAUCCUUAGGCAGAGUGAGAUGGAACAUAAAUACAUAGGAACCUGCCUUAUACCAAGACAGGCCAUUGGCCCAUGUAGCUCAGUAUUGUAUUCUCUGCACCGAUUGGCAGCAGCUCUGCAGGGUUUCAGGCAAGGCUCCCUCCCAGCCCUGCUUGGAGAUGCCAGAGAUUGAGCCUGACACCUUCUGCACGCAAAGCAAAGCCGCCUUACCCAUCAUUCUAAUACAAGCUAUAUUGCAGGGCAUGGGAGAGAACUCAGCUCCUCUCCUCCUUCUGGAAACUUCUAUCCACUAACGUGUCCUUGUGCUCUGUUACAGAAAAGCGCCCGCUACCUGCACCACGAACUCCCCGUCCGCAUUGCUCAUCGCAUCAAAGGCUUUCGGAGUCUUCCCUUCAUUAUUGGGUGCAACCCCACCAUCCUUCAUGUGGUAGGUGCCUGGCAGGAAAGCGCCUGAAACAGCCUCUGCCACAGCUGGCUGGGGCUGAUGGGAGUCUGAAACAUCUGGAGGGCACCAGGUUGGCAGGGGCUGACCGAAAGAGAUGGCUGAAAUAAUAAUAAUUAUUAUUAAUAAUAAUAAUAAUAAUAAUUUAUUAUUUAUACCCCGCCCAUCUGGCUGUAUUCCCCCAGCCACUCUGGGUGGCUCCCAAUCGAGUGUUAAAAACAAUACAGCAUUAAAUAUUAAAAACUUCCCUAAAGAGGGCUGCCUUCAGAUGUCUUUUAAAGAUAAGAUAGCUGCUUAUUUCCUUCACAUCUGAAGGGAGGGCAUUCCACAGGGCGGGCGCCACUACCGAGAAGUAGUGAUAACUGAGGGAUAGUUUCGAAACCUCAUAGAAUCUUAGAAUUGCAGAUUUGGAAGGGACCCUGAGUGUCAUCCAGUCCAACCCCUUGCAAUGCAGGAAUCUUCACUGAAGCAUCCAGGACUGAGGACCUAUGCUUGAAAACCUCCAAGGGAAGGAGAGUCCACAACCUCCUGAGGGAGACCGUUCCACUAUUGAACAGCUCUUACCGUCAGAAAGUUCUUCCCGAUGUUUAGUCAGAAUCUCCUUUCUUGUAACUUGAAGCCUUUGGUUCGGGUUCCAACCUCUGGAGCAGGAGAAAACAAGCUUGCUCCAUCCUCUAUGUGACAGGCCUUGAGAUACCAGGACAGCUGGCAUUCAAAUAACAAAAAAUAAAAGUGCAUAAUCAUGACCAGUUUUAUCCUUUUACCACAGCAUGCAUCUUAGUUCUCCGCCUUUGAAUUAAUUGUUCACCAAGGUGGUUUAAAACAAAUGGCAAUAAUGCAGAAGAGAAUAAACAUAUAUUCCACACAGAUGACCCAGCAGCUUUUAGGCCUUUCCCUAAUGGGUGGAGCCAAAUGGAGCUUCCUUUCACCUCAUCAGUCUUAGGGCACCUAGCAAAAGAGCAUAAGAACUGCUUGGUUGGUUCAGUCCAAGGGCCCAUCUUUGCCAAUGGGAAGCCUGCAAGCAUACUGCCUCCACAGUGGAGAUACGAAUAGCCUUUCCCUUCAUGGAUUUGUCUAAUCUGCUUUCGAAGCCACCCAGUGCACCAUAUAAAUGCAAGAUAUUGCACCCCACCCUGGAGUAUGGGCUCCUAGCACCUCUGGCUUUUAACCUUUUUAGAUUCCACACCCUUCUCAGAAGCUAGCAGGGGGAUUCAGGGCCUUGGUGUCAAAUUUGUUUUGUAGCCUGUGCCUCUCUCCUUGAGUCGCUUCUGUCCUCUUCUUUCAGCACGAGCUUUACAUCCGAGCGUUCCAGAAACUGAGCGAAUUUCCCCCGGUAAGCAUGUGCUUCGUCUUUGAAUGCAGAAGUUGUUAAACAUGUCCCGAGUCCUAUUGAGUCGGCCACAUUUAAUAGAAUAGCCGUGUGAAUGUCAAUCGGAGCGUACAGGGAUGUUGACCUUGUUGUUUUCCCAAAUGUAUUUUACUGGUUUUGCACAAUAAAGGCAAUGUUAACAAACAAACGUAAACAGGCCUUGUGUAUGUCUAUAAACAAAGGGGCAUGAUGUUGUUUUCAGUUCGGGAAGUUCCUUUUUUUAUUUAUUCGUCAAAAUGGCCUGCAGUGUUGUGUCAGGUGCUAUUACGGAAGGGAUGGGAAAUCUCAGACCCAGAGACCAAUGUGGCCCUCCAGGUCUCUCUAUGUGGCCCUCUGCAUUCUUCAUAAGCCACACCCCUCAGUGGCCCUGUCCUUGAAUGGUCAUAAUGCCUCUCGCUUGCCUGGGUAGAGAGAUGUACACAUAGGAAACUUCAAGGGUUGUGUGGCUGGACUGCCAGCUACUAGAGUCUAAUCCAGGCAUCACCAAACUCGGCCCUUUAGACGUUUUUGGGACUACAAUCCCCAUCAUCCUUGACCACUGGUCCUGUUAGCUAGGGAUGAUGGGAGUUGUAGCCCCAAAACAUCUGGAGGGCCGAGUUUGGGGAUGCCUAGCCUAAUCUGUUGCUCCACCCACCACUGGCAGCUAUUUUCAGAAGAUUACCCAGUCCUAAGGCUGAAAAAAGGUUCCCCAUCCCUGCUCUGUAGGGUGAUAAAUAAGGGGCUGCUGGUUCUUGGGUGAGUGGGAUGAAAUGGCUGACUCCUGCCUGCUUCUGAUUACCUCCCUACCCAAGUUCCAUCUCUUUUUGAUGCGCACUCUCCCUCUCCUCUCUCUCUCCUCUGCUUACAGAUCAAGGACCAAGAGUCAGAGGCCCAGUAUUGCAAACUGGUCCGGCAGCUCCUAGAUGACCACAAAGACGUGGUGACGUUGCUGGCCGAGGGCUUACGGGAAUGUCGGAAGCACAUACAGGUACCGCUUUCCUAGUCCGUUUGGGUAACUUGGGUCAACCUGUCUGCCGCUCAAGAUCCCCACAACAUGCUUGGGAGGAAGAAAGACUUGGAAAAGUAGGGUUGGUGGGUUUGACCAGGGCAACAUUUCUGGGAAGAGGGUGGGUUUUGAAGAGGAGAGUGCAGACUCCUGAGAUGUUUAUUCAGGCCUGCUAUAGAUCCUCAGCCCAAUCUGGUCAUUGUCACUUCAGCACCUUCCAGGGUGGAUAAAAAUCAAUGAUUUUUUUAAAAUCAAGAUCAGGAUUUAUUUUUUUUAAAUCAGAUUUUUAUUGUUUAAAUUGGAUUUUUAAAAUAAAAUGCUUUUGGAGGAAAAAUCUUUCUAAAGAUAGUUUUCUAUUUAAGUUACAUUAUAGUCCAAAGGGUAUUCAUCAGGAAAUAAGGAUUUGUUUUAGGUUUUUCAUGUGUGCUAAAACUCAGUCUAAGGUAUUGUUGUUUUUUAAAAACUGUUUAACCACAUCAGUUAACAAACAUGGAUACAUAUGCAAUAAUGUUAUUGUUUUAGUUAAAUAAAUUGUUUAAAAUGUUAAGGAAAUGAUUAUUUUUCUCCUUCCAAUGAAGUACAGCAGAAAGGUUGGUCAAAUAUAAACAGUUAACUUAUUAAACCUCACAAUAAUUCCAUAAUUAUCUAUGUAUUUCUAAUAGUAUAACCAAAUCAGUAUUUUUUUGUAUAACACUGAAAACAACUCUGAAAGUUUAUUAUUCCAAAAAUGAAACGUUCAUCUGGUUGUAAAUAUUAAAAUUAUACCAGCAAGAAUGAGUCUUUCUUUAAAAAAAAAAAGAUUUAAAUCAAGUCUUACUGACUAGUGAUUUAAAUCAUGAUUUAAAUUGAUUUAAUUUAAAUCAAAUCCACCCUGGCCCCUUCAGUGUCAUCCUUCGAACUGCAGUUGAUUUGCACUAAGCAGAGGAUGUGGUAAGAGGUUAGUCUGUCUUCACAUGUCACACACCCACACACCUGUGCGUCUUCACAUGUCCCCUUCCCUCAGACUUUUUCCUGGACAGGUUUUAAACAGUGGUGUCCAAACUUUUUUCAAAGAGGGCCAGAUUUGAUGAAGUGAAGGACCGUGAGGGCCGACCAAAGUUGUUCACCAUUUUUUAGGAUUGAAGUUGUUAAGCUUUUUUAUGAUUUUACGAGAAGAGCGUUUACUAUGGCCCGUUUCCAUUCUAUACCCACGGCCUUCCUGCAGGGGAUUUACUCUAAGACCCCUAUUACUCAGCGUUUAUGUCCAUGCACAAUGAAUGAAGUAGAGGACUUCAUACAUUUCUUUUCGAGUGCCCUAUUUAUGAGCCAAUAAGACCUAAGCUCCUCCUCUUGAUCCCGUCCACCAUUACAUCUAAGGAAGACUGUUUGAAAUCGCUUCUUGUGGACGCAAAUCCCCAAAUUUCACGUGGGGUGGCAAUCUUUAUAGUGCAGGCUCUGAAACUCAGGGCUACUCUGACUGGGUAGUGUGUCCUAGACCUGGACCUGUUUUAAUUCUUUUUAUUACUUUUUCAACCCAAUGUGCCGAGCCUAUUUUGGGGCCAUUUUAUGUUUUAUAUACAUCCGCAUUUUGGAUUCUUGGCGCUGGCAACUAAAUCUUUACAUUAUUGUCUUAGGGUAAUUUAAAUGUCAUUACGCCAGUAAUAUUGCUUUGAAUUUUGUUUGGUUGCUUGUCUCUAGUAUUUUUGUCUUAUUUUGCUAUGGCUGUAUGCUAAUGCAAUAAAGGUUUUGACAAUUUGAUUGAUUUUACCCCAAAGUUGUUUAGCUUUUUUUAGGGUUGAAGUUGUUGAAGGUUUUUUAGGAUUUUACCCCAGAAAAUAAACUGCCAAAGGAGGACCCCAAAACAGACUUUGGACAUGCCUGUACAGUGGUACCUCAGGUUACAUAUGCUUCAGGUUACAGACUCUGCUAACCCAGAAAUAGUACCUUGGGUUAAGAACUUUGUUUCAGGAUGAGAACAGAAAUCGUGUUUCGGCGGCACGGCAGCAGCGGGAGACCCCAUUAGCUAAAGUGGUGCUUCAGGUUAAGAACAGUUUCAGGUUAAGAAUGGACCUCCGGAAUGAAUUAAGUACUUAACCCGAGGUACCACUGUAUGGGACAACCGCUUGUGAGGGCCGCUCUACAGAUGGUGAGCUUUUCCUGUUCCUUUCUCAGGAUGAGAAGCUGAUCCGUUCUUUCCUGGACAAGACCCUCACCUCUCGCCUGGGCAUCCGGAUGUUGGCCAUUCAUCAUCUUUCCUUGCAUGAAGACAAGGUACAACUUUUCUUCUUACUUGAACAGGACAUAGAUUUCGUGAACAGCUGUGUGACCAGAGAGGGAGAGACCCAGAAUUGAUACUUAACAUUUGGUGUCCUCUGCAUUUUCCGUGCCCAUACAUAACACUGGCUCGUCUAAUGCUAUUUUUGUUCCUAUAACCCACAACAGCUCUACGGGGCCUUGGGUAAGAGAUUUUUCCCCUGGCUCUGUUUCCUAAGACAUCUCUUGAGUAACUAGAGAUGGCACAGAUUGGACUGGAGACUUACCGCUUUCAAAACGUGAAGGAAAAUCAUUAAGUGGUCUGCCCUCGUCUGUUUUUCAGUGGUCCAUGCAGGAAAAGUUUAGAAACUGUUAUUCUAGGUCUUGAUCCUACAUUGAAAUCUCAUCCUCUCCUCUCAUCUUCCUGCAGCCAGACUUCGUUGGGAUCAUCUGCACUCGCUUGUCUCCAAAGAAAAUAAUUGAGAAAUGGGUAGAUUUUGCCAGGUACUCAGUUCUGUUGAUUAUUUCAAAUCAUCCUGUUAUCAUACUGGCUAUGUGUUUUGCAGCAGUCUAUGGCUCCCUCUCAUGGCCAUAUUAUGUGGCUCCAUCUUCCUCAUUCUGCUGCAUUUCUUUCUGACGGUUUAACUUUUUUUCCAUUGCUGCUUUUUAAAAAAAAUGAAAGCCAAUUAAUUGUGGCAAUAAUGCAAUGUAAUAAUCUUUUUAAAAAAUUAAUACGGGUUUUCUGUUUUUAAUAUGAUUUUUAUUAAAUUCUCUGUUUUACAAUUUCAGAUAAAUAUUUUACACACUUAAGAGAUCAAUGACUUCCCUUCUCUUUCCAUUGUCAUUUUGAAUAUCUUAUAUCCCUGCAUAUUUUACAAAAACUAUACCAAUCGGUUUUCCAUUAUUGCAUCCAUCAAAACUUAUUUACGCUGUCAAAUUUAUCUUAAUGCUGCCAGCAUUUUCAGCUGUACACAAUUAUUUUCCAUAUAUUCAAUAUAAGCUUUCCAACCUUCUUUAAACGUAUGUUGUUGUUCUUCUCUUAUUCUAUAUGUUAAGCCUGCAAGCUGUGCAUAUUCUCUCAACUUAAGUUGCCAAUCUUCUUUGGUUGGGACUGCACUCAUUUUCCAUUUUUGGGCUAACAAAACAUGGGCCGCUGUUGUUGCAUACAUAAACAACCUUAUUUUUUAAUAUUGGUUUUAAAAGUCACUUGAAACGUAAAAUGUGUAAAUGAAAUACAAAUAGUCAGCUGUUAGGAUUGCUAGGCAGGAAGCUUUGCUGUAGUUGCAAGCAAACAUAAGUGGUAAAGCUCAGCAUCCCACGUCAGUUGCCCUGAUCCCUAAGGCCUUGUGCCUUUCCCCUCCUGCAUAAUAAUCUGGAUUUAAGAUGGGACUCACUGGGAUGGAGGCCAAACAGAUACAGUAAGAGAGCUGGGCCCUAGAAGCUCCCCAGGGUCAUUUGUGAGUGCCAAGUUAGGCUCACAUAGAGCAUAGCCCUAAGGGCUUAUCCCCCAACCUUCUUGAGUGUUGAGGUCUGCAGAGGGGGCCCCUCAGCAGUUCUGCCACCCUCAAAAGUUCUUGGGUGGGAGGGGGCUGUGGCCCAGGGGGGAGGGUUUUUGGGGUACAACUCCCUCCCUGCAGAGGUGUGUCUCCAGCAUCUUCAUUGUACAGCAUUUGCCGUAUGACAAAUCUUAACCGUAUGACCAUCUUAACCCUGGUCUUUGAAACUGAGGGUAUUAUUGUUUCUUAGGACCCACUUUUUUGCUUAAAUUAUAAUGCUCAGAUCCAUUUGGAAACAGUUCACUUGUUUUUAUAACUGUAAUGGAUUUGUCGUUUCUAUAACUCUAUAUUAUAUUGUUGUGACCUUCUGGGGAGGGACAGGUAGGAAAUCCCAUUAAAUCAGCCUUUCUCAACCUGUGGGCCCCCAGAUGUUGUUGAACUACAACUCCCAUCACCCCUAGCUAGCAAGGCCAGAGCUCAGGGAUGAUGGGAGUUGUAGUCCAACAACAUCUGGGGACCCACAGGUUGAGAACCGCUGCAUUAAAUAAACGCAUGUAGGGCACAGGAAUGGGGAUGUGUUUGGUGCCUGCUUGCUCCCAGGGAAGCCACCAGCAGUGGAGCCUGCACUUAAUCCUGCUUACGUAUUUCCUCGCAGGCGCCUCUGUGAGCACAAGUACGGGAAUGCGCCUCGGGUGCGGAUCAAUGGCCACGUGGCUGCCCGCUUUCCUUUCAUCCCGAUGCCUCUUGACUACAUCCUUCCAGAGCUGCUCAAGAAUGCCAUGAGGUGCGCUAUUUAUCCUCCUCUUUGUAGCCCAGGAUGAGACGCAGGCUAGAAUCUGCAAGGGAAAUGGCUUUUUGGGCUUUCCACUGCCCUGAGAUCUUUUGAUAAGGUGGCAUGUAAAUACCUAUAUGAAUAAUGAAAUAUUAAAGCCCAUAGCACUGAUUCACUCCCUUUUCUAUAGGGCCAAUCUGGUGCAAAGCCCUUCCUGUCUCAAAAGUUGCUUAUUUCAUUUUGAAAGGAAUAGAUGAACCUUACUCAAGCUUGGUGUUCUCCAGAUGUUGGACUACAACUCCCAUCAGUCCUGGCUGGUGACUCAGGGAUGAUGGGAGCUGUAGCCUGAAGGGCACUGGGUUGGGUUGGGUUGGGAUACAUAAACACAGAGGGGUGAAACUAUUGGCUUCAACCGUUGGUCCCUGGAUGUUGCUGGACUACAACUCCCAUGAUCCCCGACCCAAAGUUGACAAAUGCUGGCUUUAAAAAGUGACCAUUUAGUGGGGUGGGAGAGCUGGAAACAAUACCAAGAUAUUUCACAUCUGGCAACCCUUUGGUUUCAGAUAGUACAUGGGUAGAUGAGUCUAAAAAGCCCAGGACACAAAUUUUCACAGCCCUAUAGCAACUAUGAUGACUCAUUUACCAGAAGUAAUGUAUUUAGCUUUAAUUCUGGAAGCAGACACUCGAUUCUGACCAACGUUCCUGACUCUAACUGGGUGAAGGAAUUUGCAGAGGGGAGAGGGGCCUGCAGAAGUUAUGGAAGGCAGGAUUUGGUGUGCUGAUUGGAAGUAUUCUACCAAAUCUUUGGCAACAAGGAUAGGUUUGCAAGACUUUGUGAAUGGAGGAGAGCUUCAUUACAAGUGGGAAAGGGUGUAGGGGUGCUGCUUAGGUAGGACGCAGACUUAUUCCCUUGCCAUUCCCUUGCUUUCAGAGCCACGAUGGAGUCUCACUUGGAUACCCCUUAUAACGUGCCAGACAUCAUCAUCACCAUUGCCAACAAUGACAUUGACCUGAUCAUACGGUACGGUUUGCCAGGGAAGCCUCUUCAGUUUCUCCCCUUUCCUAGAGGUUUUACGCCACCAUCCAUUUCCGCCAUCUUGGUGGGAACUUGGCACAGCGGCCAAAUACCAGGGACCCUUGAAAAUAUGUGGGGGUCCUCCCAUUGAGGCGGACAACUUGAGAUGAUCAUCUUCGUGAUGGGGAGGGACGGGUGUUGGCAGGUGAAAGGGACUAAAGCAUCUUGGGAACCGUAAGGUGUGGCUCCUCUUUCUCCCGGCAGGAUUUCAGACCGAGGUGCCGGAAUUCCUCAUGACCACGUUGAGAAGGUGACAGAUUACCACUUCACCACAGCAGAAGCGAGCGCCCAGGACCCCCGCAUGAACACCCUCUUUGGGAACAUGGUGGAAAUGGGGAACAGCGCCCAGUCGGGACCCAUGCAUGGGUAAGAACAAAGGGGGGGGGACAGAAGGGGCAAAUGGGAUUUCCAGCAGCUGCUGCCCGAAGGGUGUUUUCUUAGGGGGGAAAGAAUGAUACAUACCUAGGAAGAAAACACCAGUCAAUCUGCAGACAUUAUGAGUACUAAAAAUAGAAACGGAAGGAGUACCUAAAGCACUUUGUACUUGCUGCUUCGGGUUCCUUUGAGUGGAAGGAUAGAACAGAAAUGUAGUAAAUAGAUAAAUACUUGUGGCACUAAUUGGACCAGGUUUUCUUUCAAACUUCUUUCCACCUUGGGGGCUGGAGAACCUGGGGGCUUCCAAGGUGAUACUGGGCUCCAACUCACAUCAGGCAUGGUCAAGCAUGGCCAAUAGAAAAGGAUGGUGGGAUUUGUAGUCUAGGAACAUCUGGGAGGCCAUGGGUUCCCCAUCGUUGACCUAGAAGCUUGCCAUUUGAAGGAGGGGGAAAGGGAACGAUAAUGAGAUUCUCAAAAUGCAAAAUUUAGUGUUUUUUUACACAGUGCAGCAGCAGAUCACGCAGGGCCCUGGCAAAAAAAGAUGUAUUAUUAAAGAUGCAAUUGUCACAAGAUAUUCUGGCCUUUUUGUAGCUUUCCUCAAGCAGCAGCUCUCCCUGAAAAGUCUCCCCCUUUCAAAAAAUCAUGUAGCGAAAGCAUUCCAUGGAAUGAAAGCUACAUGGACUAAGACUUAACUACCGUAUAAAUGUGUUGCAGAGUACAGUGGUGCCUCGCAAGACGAAAUUAAUUCGUUCCGCGAGUUUUUUCGUCUUGCGGUUUUUUCGUCUUGCGAAGCACGGUGUCGGAAAAGUUUUGGAAAAGCUUCAAAAAUCACCAAAGUCUUCAAAAACCUCAAAAAAGGCUACCACACCGCGUGCUAUGUGUUGCUCCUCGAAGUCAAGUCGCAACUGUAUUAACGGUUUUAAGAAAAAGGAAACAAACUUACAUGACGUUUCCGUCUUGCGAAGCAAGCCCAUAGGGAAAAUCGUCUUGCGAAGCAACUCAAAAAACCAAAAACCCUUUCGUUUUGCGAGUUUUCCGUCUUGCGAGGCAUUCGUCUUGCGAGGUACCACUGUAUUCCUUCCAGACUUCCUCCAGUCAACUGGACCUUGCUCUCCCCACAAAAUUGGCUGUGGAACUAAGGACUCCUCUGUCUGUCCUCUCUCUCUCUCUCUAGGUUUGGAUUUGGACUACCGACGUCCCGUGCUUAUGCCGAGUAUCUGGGUGGCUCCCUGACCCUCCAGUCUAUGCAGGGGAUUGGCACCGAUGUGUACCUGCGCCUCAAGCACAUUGAUGGCAAAGAGGAGAGCUUCCGCAUCUAAAGAUCCCCUCUCUCUCGUGUGGGCUGAACCUUCCUUGGCUGCAGGAGGAAGUUUCAGCACAUGACACCAAACCUAAUUUCCCAUGGAUCUGCUUGUUCUCCUAUGGAUUCCUACGAAUGUGCUAUGCUAUCCUACUGAAAUUGAGAAAAUAGUUGAGGUAGUUUCCUUCUUCCUGUUCAAUUGCUGAUGGGACGUCAUCCACUUACUGCUGGUUAUUCCAGUCCUUUUGGGAUGGGUGGGCAUGCUCUGUGGUUAACCACAGAUCUCUCGAAUCCAGAUUUACUGGGACAGCCUGUGGACAUCGUUCAUCCUCCCCCCUUUGAGAACUUCUGAAGCCGUCAGACAACUGUUGUACACAGCCAGCUCAUCCAGGCUCUUGUGUGGCCUAAUUUUUCUCUCUUUCUUUUCGUGGAUACAAAGAUUGGGUGAGCCAGAAGCUUUUACUGUCGCAUGUACUGAUUCUCGUUUGGCCCUCACGGGCCGUUCUCGAACUCACAGGAAAGACUUUCCUUGCAGCGCCCGGCACCAAAAGAAAAUCCCCCUUCCUUCUGCCGGGGGAGGAGUUUCUAUUGCACCCUCUUUGGGGGAACCAAAAGCAAGACAGCAGUCUUCCGCCAGGGAAGGAUUUCUCCGUUGCACAAGCACCAAAAACACACCCCUCACCUUGAGAGGAAAAGACUUUCACAACACCAAGUUGGCACCUUUGCCGCAAAUGGUGUGGGAUUCCAGAACGUUCUUCCCCUUCGCUGCACAAUGAUGUAUUAUUUCCGUCCUCCCUCUCUCCACUCGAUCUUUCCGUUACCAUCAACUUUUUUUAAAAAAAGGAAAAAAAUCAGGCAUCAGGACGAAGGGUUUCCCUCUGCCCUCACCACUGUGUUAGAGGGAUUUUUAUUUUAUUUUUUUGCUGUGAUACUCCAAUAAAAAAGUGCAAAUUCCCAAUUCUAGCAAACACUGUGUAAUCUCCAUGGUCUGGCCUGUUUGCCUUGUUAAUAAAGUAGGGCUGAAUAUCC